AUUUGGUCUGGUUUGUUUUUCCUUAAACCGUGAGUCUCGAAUCCAAUCAUGAUUGGACACGUGUAAGCUUCUUUCUCAUUCGUGCCAGGUCCUCUCCAGUGUAUGUAGAUCAAUCUCUCUCUUCCAUCUCUCAAUCUCUCAAAAACACCAAUUCCAAUCCUGUUUCCUUGGAUCAGAGAUACGAAUCUGAAUCACAAUCUCGAGAUCUUCAGUGUUUUCCAACGGUGAUUGAUGUUUCACGUGGAAGAAGAAAGCAGUGGAGGCGAUGGGUCUGAGAUUGAUGAGGAGUUUGGCGGAGACGAUUCAACGACGUCAUUGUCGCGAUGGGUGUUCGAUGAGAAAGAUGAUUAUGAGGUUAAUGAAGAUUACGACGAUGAUGGAUAUGAUGAGCAUAAUCACCCGGAAAUGGAUUCCGAUGAGGAGGAUGACAAUGUGGAGCAGCGUUUGAUUCGCACUAGCCCUGCCGUUGACUCUUUCGAUGUAGAUGCUCUUGAGAUUCCUGGAACUCAGAAAAACGAAAUCGAGGACACUGGUAUAGGAAAGAAACUCAUACUUGCUUUGCAGACACUUGGGGUUGUAUUUGGUGAUAUUGGAACUAGCCCAUUGUAUACCUUCACUGUCAUGUUCAGAAGAUCUCCAAUUAACGACAAAGAAGAUAUUAUUGGAGCCUUGUCAUUGGUUAUAUACACUUUAAUAUUGAUUCCUCUUGUAAAGUAUGUACAUUUUGUUCUUUGGGCCAAUGACGAUGGCGAAGGUAUAUCUCUUCCUCUUUAUAUGGUGUAGAUUGAAGUUCAUUUAAGGUUUAAAGGUUUAAGUUUUGGAAAUGAAUUGCAGGUGGGACGUUUGCUUUGUAUUCGUUGAUCUGCCGGCAUGCAAAUGUUAGCCUUAUCCCAAAUCAACUUCCAUCAGAUGCUCGCAUAUCAGGCUUUGGUUUGAAGGUUCCGUCUCCAGAACUUGAAAGAUCAUUGAUAAUUAAAGAAAGACUUGAGGCGUCAAUGGCCUUGAAAAAGCUUCUUCUGAUUUUAGUUCUUGCCGGCACUGCUAUGGUGAUUGCUGAUGCUGUUGUUACGCCAGCAAUGUCAGUAAUGUCUGCUAUCGGUGGUCUGAAGGUUGGAGUUGGUGUUAUAGAACAAGAUCAGGUGGUCGUGAUAUCAGUCAGCUUUCUUGUGAUCUUGUUCAGUGUACAAAAAUAUGGAACCAGCAAAUUGGGGCUUGUUUUGGGUCCUGCUUUACUUCUGUGGUUUUUUUGUCUAGCGGGCAUUGGAAUUUACAACCUCGUAAAAUAUGACAGCAGCGUUUUUAAAGCGUUCAAUCCUGCAUAUAUCUAUUUCUUUUUCAAGAGAAACUCUGUAAAUGCUUGGUAUGCACUUGGGGGUUGCGUUUUAUGUGCAACUGGAUCGGAGGCCAUGUUUGCAGAUCUUAGCUAUUUCUCUGUUCACUCUAUCCAGCUUACUUUUAUCCUUCUGGUGUUACCUUGCCUCUUGCUGGGUUAUUUGGGUCAAGCCGCAUACCUCUCUGAAAACUUCAGCGCUGCCGGGGAUGCUUUCUUUUCGUCAGUUCCAAGUUCUUUGUUCUGGCCAGUCUUUCUCAUUUCUAAUGUUGCUGCUUUAAUUGCCAGUCGUGCAAUGACAACAGCCACAUUUACAUGCAUCAAACAGUCAAUAGCACUAGGCUGUUUCCCACGUCUUAAAAUCAUUCACACCUCAAAGAAAUUCAUUGGACAGAUUUAUAUACCGGUUCUUAACUGGUCCCUUCUGGUGGUGUGUCUGAUCGUUGUCUGCUCUACCUCAAAUAUCUUCGCGAUUGGAAACGCUUAUGGCAUCGCAGAGCUGGGAAUUAUGAUGACUACAACAAUUUUGGUGACCCUUAUCAUGCUUCUUAUCUGGCAGACGAACAUCAUAGUUGUGAGCAUGUUUGCAAUUGUUUCCCUGAUAGUCGAACUGGUUUUCUUCUCAUCCGUUUGUUCAAGUGUGGCUGAUGGAAGUUGGAUAAUCUUGGUUUUUGCUACAAUUAUGUUUCUCAUAAUGUUUGUUUGGAACUACGGGAGUAAACUGAAGUAUGAAACUGAAGUCCAGAAAAAGCUACCAAUGGACCUACUACGAGAACUGGGCAGUAACCUUGGGACAAUUAGAGCACCCGGUAUUGGUCUACUUUAUAAUGAGCUAGCUAAAGGAGUUCCGGCAAUAUUUGGUCAUUUUCUAACCACCCUUCCUGCAAUCCAUUCCAUGGUUAUCUUCGUGUGUAUAAAGUAUGUCCCUGUUCCAAGUGUGCCUCAGACCGAGAGAUUUCUUUUCAGACGUGUAUGCCCAAGAAGCUAUCAUUUAUUCCGCUGUGUAGCCAGGUAUGGAUACAAAGAUGUGCGGAAGGAAAGUCACCAGGCGUUUGAGCAGAUACUGAUUGAGAGUCUAGAAAAAUUUAUACGUAAGGAAGCACAGGAGCGUGCACUUGAGAGUGACGGAGACCAUAAUGAUACAGAUUCUGAGGAUGAUACGACUCUGUCCAGAGUUCUGAUAGCACCCAAUGGAAGUGUGUAUUCACUUGGAGUGCCUCUCUUAGCUGAGCACAUGAAUUCGUCAAACAAGCGACCCAUGGAGAGAAGAAAGGCCAGCAUAGAUUUUGGGGCAGGUCCUUCAUCGGCGUUGGAUGUGGAGCAGAGUCUAGAAAAAGAAUUGUCGUUUAUACACAAAGCGAAAGAGUCAGGGGUGGUGUAUCUACUGGGACAUGGGGACAUAAGGGCUACUAAGGAUUCUUGGUUUCUGAAGAAGCUGGUAAUAAAUUACUUGUAUGCUUUCUUGAGGAAGAACUCCAGGAGAGGGAUAACAAACCUAAGCGUUCCGCAUACACAUUUGAUGCAAGUUGGAAUGACUUAUAUGGUAUGAACAAGACCCCGAUCAAACUACUGGUUUUCAUCUACUCGCAAGUCUCAUGAAUUGUCGAAGAACAUGAAACACUUACCAAUUCAAGAGAUUUUUUUUUUCUUUUACACAUUGUUGCAAAAGUGUGAUGGAGUUAUAAAAGUACAGGAGAAACAAAAUGAUUUUUUUGUAUUGAGAGUUGCUAUUUGAUUCUGUGUUUGUUAUUUAUUGAUUGAUUUGUAUUGGCUUGUCCCAGUCUUGAGUAUUGGAAUAUAGAAUGAAGGACUUGCUCUUGCAAUGAGUUUUGC